AUGUUCGACCCUCUAUCUUCUCUACGAUAUCGUAGCAUAUUUUCAGUCCUCAGUAUCGCACCUGAACUAACACAAGCGCUAACAAGGGAAAUCCAAGCAGAGCAGCAACUCUCCCAAGAAAAUCUUGGCGGUUCCUCGGCGCCAACAUUCCAAGGCUUCAACAUUGCAACCAAGGAUGCAGAGGUUCGGCUCACCAAGCAGUUCGGUAAAGAAAGCAUUCUUGUUGUGUUUAACGUGAAUCACUCUGUUGACAUGGAUGAUGACUAUGAAGAUGAGGCACAACAAGAGGCAGCUCCAGUACCUGUCGCGUUGCCUCCGUUUACAGUAGAGAUCACCAAAGGAGAUGAUCGUCUAUGUUUUCAUCUGGAGCUUGUCGAAAGCGUUGAUGUGCAAGGAGAAUAUGAUUUUCGAGUGGAGGAAUUUUACGUGGCCCCUGCUGCCAAGGAUGGAAAUGAAGAUGUUGCGCCAGAAAUUUAUGCCAGUAGUGGCAAAUAUAUUGAUCCGGACUUGCACGAUCUUCUAUUCGUUCGUUUUCUGGAAGAACGUGGAUUCGAUGCGCAGUUCUGUAAAACACUCGUUGCUUUUGCUACUCAUUACGAGCACUCUCAGUAUGUUGGUCUACUCAAUAAGAUCAAAGCGUUCGUGACAAAAUGA